AUGUCAGGACAAAAGAUGAGCCACAAAACAUGGCGAGGCGUUUUAAAGAAGCUAAAAAGAAAGUUGAAACGAAGGAAAGCAGCUGAACAGGAAGAGCAAGAAAAUCCUUCCUGCAAUGGAGAUGCAUCUGAAGAUGAUGCAGUGAAACAGCAUAUUCAGGAUAAAGAAAUGCAACUACAAUUAGUGGAACAUGCUCGAUGGUUGCAGCGAGAAAAGAAGGCUCAUGAAGACUGGCUAAAGAAAAAAUGGUUAGAAGAACAAGAAAAAAAGAGACAAGAAGAACAGGAUAGAAGAAUCAAAGAGGAAUGGGAAGAGAGCCAAAGGAAGGAAAAGGAAGAGAAAGAAAAAUUGGAAGCUGAAGAACAGAAGAAAAAGGAAGAACAGGUGAUGUGGGAAGAAUGGAUAGCAUUAAUCUGGAUUUCAUGGAUCAAACCUCACUUGAUGAACUCUCUGAAUGAAAUUCUCUUUGAGAAUUCUUAUUGUCUUAUAUAUUUGACCCUCGGUCCCCAACCAUGGCACAAUCCCUUGGCUCCUCCUGGAUAUGGAAAAGAAGCUGAAGUUUGUUCGUUUUUCAUGAAAACUGGUGCAUGUCGAUUUGGAGAACGCUGUUCUCGGAGCCACCCAGAACCUGAAACCUGUCAUACUUUGAUGUUUCCAGGAAUGUAUACUCAUAUGAUCUUGGAUAAAAGUCAGGAUGAUUAUGACACAGAUUUAACACUUGAAUUUGAAGAAGGUGAAAUUUAUGAUGAUUUCAAGCAGUUCUAUGAAGAUGUUUUGCCAGAAUUCAAGAGUGUUGGUCAAGUUAUUCAGUUCAAAGUGUCCUGCAACUUUGAGCCGCAUCUCCGGGGCAAUGUCUAUGUCCAAUAUAAAACUGAGGAUGAAGCUAUGAAAGCCUAUACCAAGUUUAACGGUCGUUGGUAUGGUGGCAAACAACUUUCAUGUCAAGUGGUGGAAAUAAAACGAUGGGUGGCUGCCAUUUGUGGAUUAUAUAAUGAAAACAGGUGUCAUAAAGGAAAGGCAUGCAAUUUUCUUCACGUUUUCCAUAAUCCAACUCUUGGACCUCCUUCAUUUGCAACCACAGCUCUGUCUGUUUCUGUAGCUCUCUACAAGCGCCUGGCCACAGCUGUUUGA